GAGGAGCCGCCGCCGCAGCAUCAAAGAGACCGACUUCCCGCGGCCUCGGGGGGAGUCAUGCUUCGCGGUCUGUAAUGUCAGCAGAACAGGAGAAGGAUCCCAUUUCGCUGAAGAGAGUUCGAGGUGGUGAUAGUGGACUGGAUGGGUUAGGAGGACCAGGUGUUCAACUAGGAAGCCCAGAUAAGAAAAAACGGAAGACAAAUACACAGGGGCCUUCUUUUCCUCCAUUGUCUGAGUAUGCUCCACCGCCGAAUCCAAACUCUGACCAUCUAGUGGCUGCUAAUCCAUUUGAUGACAACUAUAAUACUAUUUCCUAUAAACCACUACCUUCAUCAAAUCCAUAUCUUGGCCCUGGCUAUCCUGGCUUUGGAGGUUAUAGCACAUUCAGAAUGCCACCUCACGUUCCUCCAAGAAUGUCUUCCCCAUACUGUGGUCCUUACUCACUCAGGAAUCAGCCACACCCAUUUCCUCAGAAUCCUUUGGGCAUGGGUUUUAAUCGACCUCAUGCUUUUAACUUUGGGCCACAUGAUAAUUCAAGUUUUGGAAAUCCACCUUAUAAUAACGCACUAAGUCAGAAUGUUAACAUGCCUAAUCAACAUUUUAGACAAAAUCCUGCUGAAAACUUCAAUCAGAUUCCUCCACAGAAUGCUAGCCAAGUGUCUAACCCUGACUUGGCAUCUAACUUUGUCCCUGGAAAUAAUUCAAAUUUUACUUCUCCAUUAGAAUCCAAUCAUUCUUUUAUUCCUCCCCCAAACACUUUUGGUCAAGCAAAAGCACCACCCCCAAAACAAGACUUUAAUCAAGGAGCAACCAAAAACACUAAUCAAAAUUCCUCUGCUCAUCCGCCUCACUUAAAUAUGGAUGACACAGUGAAUCAGAGUAAUAUUGAAUUAAAAAAUGUUAAUCGAAACAAUGCAGUAAAUCAAGAGAAUAGCCGUUCGAGUAGCACUGAAGCUACAAACAACAGCCAUGCAAAUGGGACGCAGAAUAAGCCACGACAACCUAGAGGUGCGGCAGAUACGUGCACCACUGAAAAAAGCAAUAAAUCCUCUCUCCACCCAAGCCGUCAUGGCCAUUCUUCUUCCGACCCAGUGUAUCCUUGCGGAAUUUGUACAAAUGAAGUGAAUGAUGAUCAGGAUGCCAUCUUAUGUGAAGCCUCUUGUCAGAAAUGGUUUCACCGGAUCUGUACUGGAAUGACUGAAACAGCUUAUGGCCUCCUGACUGCGGAAGCCUCAGCAGUGUGGGGCUGUGACACCUGUAUGGCUGACAAAGACGUCCAGCUAAUGCGCACUAGAGAAACGUUUGGUCCACCUGCAGUGGGCAGUGAUGCUUAAUCACAGCCAGUAACUAAAGUGGGUUUUUUUUCCUGUGUAUUACAGAAGUUCAGUGACACAGGAUUUUAAUGUUUUACAUUAUUUUUUUAAAUGCACACACAAGAUUAUUUACCUUUUAGUUUUUAUUAAUAUUCCACUUCAGUACUAGUGCAAAUUUUGUAUCAUUGUUUGCUAUCUUCAAUGAGAAUAAUGUAUAUGAGGUGCUUUAGGAAGUACUAUACAAAUAAAUGUUAUUUGUUGUUGUUAAUCAUAAACAGAAAAGCCUCUUGAAGCUUCAAAAUAAUAUGUAGCAAAUGUAGGCAAGUUUUGACUUUUAAAAGAAUCAUUGAAAAGUGUGUACUUCAGCGCUGAACUUUGGCAAUAUCACAUUAAACAGUUCAAAAAUUUUUCAAGGAUCCAUUUAACGUGUUUUCAGGAAAAAUUUAUGUAGCUAUAAAAUGAAAGGAACCAUACGUUUUAAUGGAUGUUUUUAAAAAAAAUAGGGUAUGACACCAGAUUCCUCCCCACCCUGGGUCCUUGAAAUUAGUGACUUUCUUAUUUUUAAGUCAGUCUUUCCAGGAUAUCUGUUUGUAGAGAGAUGAGACAGAUGUUAGCAUAGAGUAGAUGCUCCGUAAGUAUUCAUUGAUUGACUUGUGGAUUGUACCACAUGAAAUUGCUAAUAUUAGAUCAGUUGAAAAUUGACUACAAUUAGUAGAGUUGACAUAAAGGUAUGUUUCUAGUUGUGCUAUUUAGAAUUAUUAUAAUAUGCUCUUCAAUCUUCAAUUUUCUUUGAUUAUUGAGUUGCAUUGUUUUCCGGAGAAAUAAAUAAUAUGGUAUCCUCAGAGGAAUUGCGAAUAGCUUUUCUAAUAUGAUUUCAAACUGCAACAUAUUGCAAGUGAGACAGGUAGAAACAUCAAUUAGGCGUUACAAGGCUCUGCUAGCGAAAGAACUACUCAGUGGUGGUUUGAAAACUCUUGUUCUGGGGAUCUGAAUUCAAAAAUGAGCCCCAGGAGAGAUCAAAAUCCAUUUUAAGCAAAGACCAAUUAAGAGCCAAGGUGAAAGCUAACUCAACAGUUCGAGGCCUGCAGCAGACAGGAGUUUCUGCUAUGACUGGGAAAAGUGUAAAAAUGGACCCAAAGUAUCCUCUUGAGAGAUGAUAAAGAACAGAGAUGGUUGAAGGGGAAGUCAUUAAGAUUCAAAACAGCAGAAACCUAUUUUUGGAGAGGAUCAUAACAUGUGACCACAAAAAAAAAAAGAUACUGUAUCACAAUUGAUAGCAGUUUAUACAAUGGUUGGAUGUUGGUGAAGCUCCCAAACUUGUGCAGUCAUUAUCAUUGCAACCAAAAAAGUCCUGAAGACUGUAUGGUGAUCUGCGAAAGGGAUAAUUGACUACUACUGUUUAAACCCUGGUGAAACUACAGCAACAGCAUAUUGCCAAGAAAUUAAAAUUAUGCAUGAAAAAUUUAAUUAAAAAACGUCCUUUGAUUAAUAAACAUGAACUUACACUUUUACAUGACAGCACUUGACCUCACAUGUCACAAGCCACUAAAGCAAAGUUAAUUGAAUUGGGCUGUUAAAUCUGGUCAUGUCCGUUGUAGUCACCAGCCGUUUAUCCAAUCAGCUACUGUCUUUUUCAUCAUUUAGAGCUUUUUCUAAGAAACAACAUACUCUCCAGUUGAGAAGCAGUAAUUGGAGGAUUUGAACAAUUUAUACAGCCUAACAUGAUGAAUUUUAUAAAAAUGAAAUAUUUAAUUAGCUAUUAGAAGAAAAUUAAUGCUCAUGCAUAUUUUGAUUGAAUAAAACUUAUUUUUUUAAAUACAGUGUUUUAAUUUUGACCUAC